AUGGCUGCAGGAAAAAUUGUAAUAUCUGUGGCAUCCAUGCUUCUAGUGGUGGGUGUUGCCAUAGGAGUUGUCACCUUUGUUAAUAAAGGUGGUGGUGGUGGUGGUGGCGACACGAAUCUGAACUCGCAUCAGAAAGCGGUUCAGUCACUUUGUGCGUCAGCCACAGACAAAGGUUCAUGCGCAAAAACACUUGAGCCAGUCAAAAGCGACGAUCCAAGUAAGCUUAUCAAAGCCUUCAUGCUAGCUACAAAAGAGGCGGUCACAAAAUCCUCAAACUUCACGGCUUCAACCGAAGAAGGCAUGGCGAAAAACAUGAACGCAACUAGCAAAGCUGUUCUUGAUUACUGCAAGAGAGUGCUGAUGUACGCUCUUGAUGAUCUUGAGACCAUUGUUGAAGAAAUGGGUGAAGAUCUUCAGCAGAGUGGAAGUAAAAUGGACCAACUUAAACAAUGGUUAACCGGUGUUUUUAAUUACCAAACCGAUUGUAUUGAUGAUAUCGAAGAAGCGGAAUUAAAGAAAAUUAUGGGUGAAGGAAUCGCUCAGUCAAAGGUUUUGUCAAGUAACGCUAUCGAUAUCUUCGAUACUAUUGUCACCGCUAUGUCCCAAAUGAAUGUUAAGGUCGACGACAUGAAGAACGGGAACCUCGGAGGAGCUGGAGCUGGACCUGUUCCUGAUCGUGACCUUCUUGAAGACAUGGACGACAAAGGAUUACCUAAAUGGCAUUCUGAGAAAGACAGGAAGCUUAUGGCUCAAGCGGGACGCCCUGGUGAUGAAGGUAUCGGUGAAGGCGGUGGUGGUGGCGGUAAGAUCAAGCCGACUCAUGUGGUGGCUAAAGAUGGAAGUGGACAGUUUAAGACUAUUACCGAGGCCGUUAACGCUUGUCCAGAGAAAAAUCCUGGACGUUGCAUUAUCCAUAUUAAGACUGGUGUCUACAAAGAACAAGUCACAAUCACGAAGAAGAGAAACAACGUGUUCUUGUUUGGUGAUGGUGCAACAAAAACAAUCAUUACUUUUGACAGAAGUGUUGGUCUUAGCCCUGGAACCACUACUUCUCUCAGUGGCACCGUUCAGGUUGAAUCUGAGGGAUUCAUGGCGAAAUGGAUCGGGUUUCAAAACACUGCUGGUCCAUUAGGACACCAAGCGGUCGCGUUCCGAGUGAACGGAGACCGUGCGGUCAUAUUCAACUGCAGAUUCGAUGGUUACCAAGACACACUCUACGUCAACAACGGACGUCAGUUCUAUAGGAACAUUGUUGUGUCCGGUACAGUCGAUUUCAUCUUCGGAAAAUCUGCUACCGUGAUUCAAAACUCACUAAUCCUCUGCCGAAAGGGAAGUCCCGGACAAACCAACCACGUCACAGCCGACGGUAACGAGAAGGGUAAAACGGUGAAGAUUGGUAUCGUUCUCCAUAACUGCCGUAUCAUGGCGGACAAAGAGCUCGAAGCUGACAGACUAACCGUUAAGUCAUACCUUGGACGGCCGUGGAAACCGUAUGCCACCACCGUGAUUAUCGGAACUGAGAUUGGUGAUUUGAUUCAACCGAUAGGAUGGAACGAGUGGCAAGGAGAACAGUUCCAUAAGACAGCUACAUAUGUUGAGUUCAAUAACCGUGGACCAGGAGCUAACACUGCUGCGAGGGCUCCUUGGGCUAAGGUGGCUAAGUCUGCGGCUGAGGUUGAACGUUUCACCGUCGCUAACUGGUUGACUCCGGUUAACUGGAUUCAAGAAGCCAACGUUCCUGUCCAGCUUGGACUAUAA